CUCUAAUUCUAGGCAUACGCUUCUAUCAUUCGUAAUCAACACGUAUAUGAAAACAAAUAUUUUAGUUCAUCAUAAUAUUGCCUCUUUUUUCAUGCCUAAACUUUCCUUCUCAAAUUCAACCCCACAUUUCCAAAUAAUUUGUGCAUCACAAUAUCCUUAUACAUAUUUUGAAACUCAUCGAUCAAUCAAGUUUCUGCACCUCCAUUUUGAUUCAAUUUAGGUGGGAAUGGAAUUCUUUCAAAGGGCUAAAGUGGUUCGUUUGAGAAGCCACCAUAACAAAUAUUUGUUGGCAGAUGAUGACAAAGAAGGUGUUUACCAAGAUCGUCUUGGUUGCUACAACAAUGCUAAAUGGACGGUGGAGUUUGUAGAUGGUGGAAACUUGAUUAGAUUGAAGAGUCAUUAUGGUAAAUACUUAACGGCAUCUAAUAUGCCAUUCUUGUUAGGUAGAACGGGGAAAAAAGUUUUGCAAACACUUCCAUCAAGGUUGAAUUCAUCUUUGGAAUGGGAACCUAUAAGAGAAGGUAAUCAAAUCAGACUUAGGACUCGUUAUGGCCAAUUUUUACGCGCCAAUGGAGGGUUACCACCAUGGAGAAACUCCGUCACGCAUGAUAUUCCAUAUCGUACAAAAACGACAAAUUGGGUUCUAUGGGACAUUGAUCUUGUCGAGCUUCGACCACCACCACCGAAGCAAAUACAAGACGUCCCACCUAUUGAUGUUAAAGAUCUAUCUUGUCCCGUUAACUCUUUGUCCAAUCGUUCUCGUUCUCCUUCUCCUCAAUCUCCUACUCUUUCAAAUAAUGAUGAUCCCUUUGGCGCAAUUGACCUAAGGUUCUCGUCUUCCAUAUCAAAUGAGGGCAGUAGAGAUUUUGAAGAUCAUAGUGACUCACCAAUGAAAGAAGGGAGGAUUAUAUUUUAUAAUGUGGGUGAUCAAAAUGGAGAUGUUCAUGAAGGAAGGGAAGAAAAAUUCUUUACAUUCAAAGGAAGUUGUGUGGAUGAGUUAAAGGAGAAGUUACAAGAAGAGACAGGUCUUGAUGAUAUUGUUGUUUGUUCUCGCAACCCUUUGAAUGCAAAAAUCUAUCCUCUUCGUUUACAAUUACCACCCAACAACAUUGAUAUGCAUGUAGUUGUGGUUCCUUCAUUAGAAAAAUAAACAAAAGAAGAUGAUGGCAAUCAAAUGACUAGCUCAUAUUGGUGGAAAACUGGAAAUGUAAAUUAUAUUCAGCAGGGUGAACUUUAUGUACCUAUAUUUUGACAUAAGGAAGAAAAAGAAUGCAUAGGAGGGAAAACUAUGUUGAAAGAGGAUCAAAAAGAAAAACAACCGAAGCAAUGUAAAGCUCCAACGUACCGUCAAGUUUCUCAUUGUAUAUACAGUUACACACUACUUUUUGUAAUGUAUUUCAU